AUGCUGUGGCGAUCCCUUCUAGUGGCUACUGUUUCGUCUCAUCCAUGGCUGUUAACUCCAGCAUUGAGGACGCUCUCCGUCCUCGCUCACCCUCGAUUAUCUUUCUUAGAUGUGAAUAAGAAUGCCAUACUACGCGGGAUCCUAAAAACAACAUUCUACAACCACUUCUGUGCUGGAGAGAACGCUGCCGAAGUCACUGGCACCAUUGGCCGGAUCAAGCACAUGGGCUUUAAAGGUGUCAUUCUCACAUACGCUCGAGAAAUUGCGGUCGACGCUUCAUCCCAAAAGGCCGAUAACCCUACCACGAUCAAUGAAAAGGCCAGAGCACAAACGACAAAGAGCGCUGAAAUUGAAGCCUGGAGGCAAGGGGUUCUGGAGACGGUCGAAAUGGUGGGAACUGAUGACUUCUUGGCCCUAAAACUCACUGGGGCUGGCCCUCAAGUGAUGCACGCGCUCUCUUCCAACCAGUCCUUACCGGAGCAGAUGCUGCUUGCUUUGCAGGAUGUCUGCACUCGUGCCAUCGAGCGUAAUGCGCGCAUCUUUGUCGAUGCAGAGCAGCAGUCUGUCCAAUCCGGCAUUGACGCUGUUGCUCUAAACCUAAUGCGUCGCUAUAAUCGAAACGGCACUGCUGUGGUAUACAAUACUUUCCAAGCGUAUCUCAAGUCAACUCCCGAGAAUCUUCUUUCCCAUCUGGACAUCGCAGAAAAGGAAGGGUUCACUUUGGGUGUGAAACUAGUCCGAGGCGCAUAUAUCAACUCCGAGCCACGCCAUUUGAUUAAUGAUACAAAACCGGGUACAGACGACUCAUACAAUGCGAUUGCAGCUGGAAUUCUGCGUCGCCAGUACGGCCCUUUUGGGGUUGAGCGACAAUUCCCUUCCAUCGAGCUGUUUCUUGCUACACAUAAUAAGGACAGUGCUCUGGCAGCUGACUCCUUAUACAAAGCACGACUUGCCGCCGGGCAACCGACUACGAAGGUACAGUAUGGACAAUUGCUGGGGAUGGCGGACGAGGUCAGCUGCCGUCUGUUGCAGCUUCGUGAUGACAGCAGCCGAGCGGCACAAAAAGCGUCUCCUGAAGUAUACAAGUGUCUGAGUUGGGGAACUCUGGGGGAUUGUCUGUCUUACCUUCUGCGCCGGGCCGUGGAGAAUCGUGAUGCGGUAGGGCGGACGAAGCAAGAAUAUUUUGCUCUCAAGACGGAGGUCAAGCGUCGGAUAAAGAAUAUGUUUAGUCUUCGAUGGUAG